UCGUCCGAUGACAUUUGUUCAUUCUGGUUGAUACACGGUGUACGUCUUCUCGUGCAAAUCAGAAUAUCGAAAAGUUUGUUACAUAAUUUUCACUGAAUUAAAAAAAUCAGACCAUAAGAAAUCUGCUGCCAAGAUGUCGAAGUGGAGAGAAUUGGGAUUAACCUACGUGCAUUACUCCAACAUCGCCGCCCGUGUGUUGAGAAGUUCAUUGAAGGCCGAACUUAAAGCCGACGCAAUCAAACGUGCUGAUGCCCAUGUCAAGUUCACCAAGUGGGAAGGCGGAAAGAAGGUUGAAACAGCCUAAACAACACCAUUCUAGCGCUUAGUUUGUAGUCAUUUAAUGAGUCAUCAGCCCAUGCGGAGGAAGGCAUCAAUAACAAAUGCAGAAAAAUAAUUAUCACAUUCAAAUCCAAAAAAGAAAAAAAAAAUCAAUAGUUGCAU